AUGGAUGAGCGUACGCCCUUGAUAUCGACGGUCAGCGUGACUCGGCCCCGACCUGGGUAUCACCACUCAACCUUUCGGCGUUUCUGCACCAUUGCAUUGGGAAGCACUCUCAUCGCCGUUGUGAUUUGCUUCCUCAUUCCGAUUGCAGUUCUUCCUCGAGAUCACGAUUCUCCUUCCUCAUACCUGCCUUGGUCCCGGCCAUUUCCCCGGUCCUGGCCGCAUACCAGUGGAAUCAGCGUUGAAGAGCUCCGGGAGAUCCUGUCCACCACGCCGGAUGAGGACAAUGCACGUUCGUGGAGCGAAUACUACACAGCGGGUCCCCAUCUGGCCGGCAAAAACCUGAGCCAGGCCGUAUGGACACGAGACAAGUGGGAAGAGUUUGGAGUCAAGGCCGAUAUCGUGGCGUACGAUAUCUACAUCAACUAUCCGAUUUCGCACCGGCUUGCUCUGUUGAAAGAAGGGCAGCUGAAGUAUGAAUGUAGCUUGGAAGAAGAUGUUAUUCAAGACGAUCCAACAACAUCACUGAAAGACCGUGUCCCAACUUUCCACGGAUAUUCUGCAAGCGGCAAUGUCACCGCACCAUACGUGUUUGUCAAUUACGGCACCUAUCAAGACUUCGAAGACCUGCAAGCUGCCAACAUCACAUUAAAGGGCAAGAUUGCAUUGGCCAAAUAUGGCGCAAUCUUUCGUGGCCUCAAAGUCAAGCGCGCCCAAGAGUUGGGCAUGGUUGGGGUGGUCAUGUACUCGGAUCCGCAGGACGAUGGCGAAGUCACUGAAGAGAACGGCUACAAACCUUAUCCUGAAGGACCAGCUAGAAAUCCGAGCAGUGUGCAGCGCGGCAGUACGCAAUUCCUAAGUACUCUCCCCGGUGAUCCAACAACGCCUGGUUAUCCCUCAAAGCCGGGAGUCCCUCGAGUUGAUCCUCAUGGGUCAACGCCGCAGAUCCCUUCGCUUCCCAUCUCGUACGGAGACGCUCUUCCCCUCCUGAAGGCGCUGAACGGCCAUGGGCCCAAUGCAACUUCGUUUGGCAAGCAUUGGCAAGGAGGAGGACUCGCCUACAAGGGGGUAGAAUACAACAUCGGGCCCUCGCCCGAUUCUGUUGUCCUCAACCUCGUGAACGAGCAGGAUUAUGUAACGACUCCUUUGUGGAAUGUGAUCGGCAUCGUCAAUGGGACUAUCCCAGACGAGGUUAUCGUUCUGGGCAAUCAUCGAGAUGCGUGGAUCGCAGGUGGUGCGGGAGAUCCUAAUUCGGGCUCGGCAGCACUCAACGAGGUCAUCCGAUCCAUUGGAAAGGCCCUUGAGGCCGGGUGGAAACCCCUCCGUACCAUUGUCUUUGCUAGUUGGGAUGGUGAAGAGUACGGUCUAAUAGGGUCAACGGAGUGGGUGGAAGAAUACCUUCCUUGGCUGUCCGCUCACGCGGUGGCGUAUCUGAACGUCGACGUGGGUGCCCGUGGGAAGCACUUCGAGGCUGCGGCAUCACCCAUCCUUAACAAACUUAUUUACAACGUCACUGGUGCAGUUCCGUCGCCAAACCAAACCACUGAAGGACAGUCCGUCGGCGACAUCUGGGAUGGACGAAUACGGACCAUGGGCUCUGGAAGCGAUUUCACAGCAUUCCAGGAUUUUGCCGGUAUACCCUCCCUCGAUCUCGGGUUUGGCAGUGGCCCCGAUGACGCGGUCUACCAUUACCACUCAAAUUACGACAGUUUCCAUUGGAUGGACAACUAUGGCGACAAAGGAUGGCAAUACCACGUCGCCGUCGCUAAGGUAUGGGCGUUGCUCGCAGCCCAGCUUGCGGAAACACCGAUCCUGUCACUGAGUGCGGGUGAUUAUGCAAAAGGCCUGUCAGAAUAUCUAGACGACGUCAAGGAUAGGGCUAAGGAGUAUUCGGCAAUGUCGGGCUUCAGUUUUCGCGAACUGGACAGUGCCACGACAAAGUUCCGGAAGUCUGCAGCUCACUUCGACGAGUAUACAGCCAAGCUGGGGCAGCGGCUUGCAAAGCGUGUGCCAUGGUGGCAAUGGUGGAAAAAGGUCAAGCUCUUUUAUGAAGUCCGAAAGGCAAACCAGAAAUACAAGGUGCUAGAGCGGCAGUUUCUCUUCCCCGGCGGACUCGACAGCCGACCCUGGUUCAAACAUGUUGUUUUCGCGCCUGGAAGAUGGACCGGAUAUGCUGGAGCAACCUAUCCCGGUCUGGUCGAGAGCUUCGAGGAUAGAAACAUGACGAAUGCGGAACGAUGGGAGCAUAUCAUCAGAGAAAGGCUGGGUUCGGCCACGGAGCUGCUGAAGUGA